GUGGAGGAAGCGUCGCCGGAAUACACCGCAGCCGCUGCGAAGAUCUCGCAGAUGGAGGAGAUGCUGUCGCAGGAGACGGGCAUGAAUCCCAAUGUGAUCCUCAAAGACUUGACGGAGCUGGUUGAGCUGUGGCCCAGCGUCGCCACGCAGCUCUCGGAGCGUCUGGCGACGCAGCUCUCGGUGCUGCAGCAGCGCAUGGCCAGCGCCUGUGCGGCGGCCAGCGCCGAGGAUCAGGAAGCCAAGUUGAAGGCACUUCUAGCCUUUGCUCACAAGGUCCACGAUCUUCAGCAUCAAAUGGACGACUGCGCUCCGGACUUCAACUUCGCUGUUUGCUCCGCCGGUGCGGCGCAGGACCUGACAGAUGCUGAGACUGAGCUCAGCAAGGAGACGGGCAUGAAUCCCGUUGCAGUGCUGAAGAACAUUCGAAACUUGCGGCUCUACUGGCAGGCCUUGGGCUCCAGUGCAGAGCAGUUACACCAGCGCCUGGGAGCGAUGUGUGACUUGAUGCGCUCGCGCAUCACCAGCUCUUACGAACAAAAUCCCGAGAAGCGCCCGAACCUCUUGAAAUUUUCGGCGGCCUUUGAUGCUGCCAUCAAGGACUUGGAGGGCGCCGGCGAGGCGAACUUGGCGGAGCGUCUCAAAGAGAUGGACGGAUGAGUCGGGCCCGCGACGUGAAGCGAAACUGGAAAGCCAGGUAAAGACAGACCAUUUACAGGGGAAACUGGGGAAACCAAG